GGUAGGCGGGGAAACGGAAGUGGGCGGCGCUCAGGCUGCCUGGGAAAUGUCAGCCUCUUGACUGGGGACGGGUUUUCCUUACGGCGGAGCCUGUGGGCCUUCUAGUGAUCGUCACCGCCGUCGCCUCGGAGAGUGGGUCCCAGAUCCUGGACGAUUGCGGCCGACGCGGAGUUUCCCGGUCCUUCCAGACACUGUCUGGCGAGAUCGGACCGUGAGCCCGAUGGGGAGAGCGUGAGGCACUGUGGGGUCGAGGGUCUGAGGCCGAGAGCAAGCGGAGAUCGAGAGGACCACGGAGACCCCGAGCACCCGCCGCCACGGGCCUAACUAAGUUCCCGGUCACGGAGAGGAGGUGGUAGCCCGGCCCGCUGGCCAGAUAUGAUCCAGACCUGCUCAUGAAUGACUUUUGGUUAGUCAGAGUGAACAUUCAAUAAUGAGUGGUGCAGCUUUGGGACUCGAGAUUGUUUUUGUCUUUUUUCUGGCAUUAUUCCUACUUCAUCGAUAUGGAGACUUUAAGAAACAGCAUAGACUUGUAAUUAUUGGAACACUGCUAGCUUGGUAUCUCUGCUUUCUUAUCGUCUUCAUACUGCCUCUGGAUGUUAGUACGACAAUAUACAACCGGUGUAAGCAUGCAGCCGCAAACUCAAGCCCUACCGAGAACAGCAACAUUACAGGAUUCCACGCAACUGCUACCCCAGUUCCAAGCCAACAUCCAUGUUUCAAGCCAUGGAGUUACAUUCCUGAUGGAAUCAUGCCAAUUUUCUGGAGGGUAGUAUAUUGGACAUCACAAUUUUUAACAUGGAUUCUGUUACCUUUUAUGCAGUCCUAUGCAAGAUCAGGAGGGUUUUCCAUCACUGGGAAGAUCAAAACUGCACUGAUUGAGAAUGCAAUCUAUUAUGGCACCUAUUUGCUGAUUUUUGGAGCAUUUUUAAUAUAUGUAGCUGUAAACCCACAUUUGCACUUAGAAUGGAACCAGCUUCAAACAAUUGGAAUAGCUGCAGCAAAUACAUGGGGCCUGUUUCUCCUCGUGUUGUUAUUGGGAUAUGGUUUGGUAGAAAUUCCUCGGUCGUACUGGAAUGGAGCAAAAAGAGGUUAUCUACUUAUGAAGACAUAUUUUAAGGCAGCCAAACUGAUGACAGAAAAAGCAGAUGCAGAAGAGACUUUAGAAGAUGUCAUGGAGGAGGUUCGUAAAGUGAAUGAAAGCAUCAAGUAUAACCACCCAUUGAGAAAAUGCGUUGACACGAUACUUAAAAAGUGUCCUACAGAGUAUCAGGAAAAAAUGGGUAGGAACAUGGAUGAUUAUGAAGAUUUUGAUGAAAAGCAUAAUACCUACCCAAGUGAAAAAAGUCUGGUAAAACUACAUAAACAGGUGAUUUAUUCAGUUCAGAGACACCGUCGAACUCAAGUACAAUGGCAGAUUCUUUUGGAACAAGCAUUUUAUCUCGAAGAUGUAGCAAAAAAUGAAACUAGUGCUACUCGUCAGUUUGUUCACACCUUUCAGUCACCAGAGCCAGAAAAUAAAUUUCUCCAAUAUUUUUAUAAUCCUACAGUUGAAUGGUACUGGGAAUGUCUUUUGAGACCGUGGUUUUAUAGGAUACUUGCUGUGGUUUUGUCCAUCUUCUCUGUGAUUGUUGUGUGGUCAGAAUGCACAUUCUUUAGCACUACACCUGUCUUAUCCCUCUUCGCAGUCUUCAUACAGCUGGCUGAGAAAACAUACAAUUAUAUUUAUAUAGAGAUUGCUUGUUUCCUGAGUAUCUUCUUUCUGAGUAUCUGUGUUUAUUCUACUGUGUUCAGGAUUCGUGUCUUUAACUAUUAUUACUUGGCUUCACAUCACCAGACUGAUGCUUACAGCCUUCUCUUCAGUGGCAUGUUGUUUUGCCGUUUGACUCCUCCUUUAUGUCUUAAUUUCUUGGGUUUGACCCAUAUGGAUUCAUCCAUCUCUCACCAGAAUACUCAGCCAACUGCUUAUACGUCUAUUAUGGGUUCCAUGAAAGUUUUAUCCUUUAUUGCAGAUGGAUUCUACAUAUAUUAUCCUAUGUUGGUGGUCAUUCUCUGCAUUGCUACUUACUUUAGUUUGGGAACGCGUUGUUUGAAUCUGCUUGGUUUCCAGCAGUUCAUGGGAGAUAAUGACAUGACAUCAGACUUGGUUGAUGAAGGAAAAGAAUUAAUCAGACGAGAGAAGAGAAAAAGGCAAAGGCAAGAAGAAGGUGAAAAUCGAAGAAGAGAAUGGAAAGAACGUUAUGGACACAAUAGAGAAGACUCCACUAGAAACAGAAAUGUUCAUGUUGACCCGAAAGAAUCAAACCUCUCAGAUAUUAGUACCAACCGAUCAGCAUCCAAAUAUACCAGGGCUAAUAACAGGACGGAAAGGGACCGAAUAGAGCUCCUCCAAGAUGUAGAACCUUUGGAUUUUAAUGCAGAAACAUUCACUGAUGAUCCUCUUGAAUCUGAACCAGGAAGAUCAUUUCUUUAUCCACCUUUCAGGUAUCAGCCUGGUGGACGAUACCUCUCAAUGUCUCACAGCAGAAUAUUCGAUGAUGUUUAAAGUCUAAAAGAAUUUAUGGAACAACUAACCAAGAUCAACACAUCAGUUCAGUCUUUAUGAACAUAUGUAUGCCCUAGAAUUUACAUUGUACUCUUAAUGAAAAGUGUCAGGACAAAAAUGGCACUGAAAGUUAAUCACAUCUCAGUAAUCAUAGUUUAUUGCCUAUUGAAUAGAGUGUCAUCUUUUCUCAUAGGAUUUAUUACCAUUCCUGAAGUGUCUGCCUUAGAAGUACAGGUGUAAUGGAAGGAUUCAGUUCAUGAUAGAAAUCAGUAUAUGUUGAGAAUAUGUAGUUCAUUUUGUUUCAGGUUAAUUUUUUUCAGGAAAGUUGUUUUAAAGGUCCAGGAAAGCCAUAAGUCAUGACUAAAUAACAUCAUACGUUUUAUUGUCGUGAUUUACAUUUUUGCUGUUUCUAAAGAAUAUGUUAAUCCUGUAUUUCCCAAAGAGAUGGAGACCACAAAUAAUAAUGGUAUUUACAAAACCCAUGUCUUAAAACAAGGCUUACUUACCAGACAUAACUGAAUGUAGAAAGCUCUUUUUCACCUCUAUAUGCAAAUUUUUGGGGUUUUUGCAUGUAUAAUUAAGAUGAUACUUCAACUGACAGUGUUAGUAUCUUCAGCAUGUGUACUAUAAUCAGGUGAUGUAUUAUUCUUUCAGUCUUUGGUAGAAACUGGAAAUUAUUUUACGCUUUUGGUAUUGCUUUGUAAAAGAUUUUCAUUUCAGGGAGAAAUGUUCACCUUUAUCAUUUAGCAUAUUGACUUACGUGUUGAUCAUUCCACUCAAGGAAAAUCUGAAGCAUUAAUGGUAAAUAGCAGGUGGUUUUUUUUUUUAAAAGCCAAAGAGUCCCAUAAAAAUUCUCUAAUUUUUAAAGGUGCCUAUUUAUGCUUUUUGAAAAAUAACAUUUGGUUAUUAAAAGAUAAAAAAAAAUAUUAUUAACUCCUAAAUGGUGGUUCAUAUUUCAAUCUUUUUAAAUUUUUUUAAAAUUUAUUUUUGAGAGAGAGACACAGCAUGAGCAGGGGAGGGGCAGAGAGAGAGGGAGACACAUAAUCUGAGGCAGGCUCCAGGCUCUGAGCUGUCAGCACAGAGCCUGACGCAGGGCUGGAACACUGGAACCAUGAGAUCAUGACCUGAGCUGCAUUCGGACAACUGACUGAGCCACCCAGGUGCCCCUAAAUGGUGGUUUAUAGAGUGGAAAUGUGCAAUAACUUCGUUAAACAUGCUUAUUAUUUAAAAAAAAAUUUUAACUUUUGUGUUUAAGCCAAAGUUACGUAUUACAUUUUAAAUCAUCAGUGUUUUAUUGCACAAUGAAUACUGUACCGUUGAGCACAGCAUGCUACAGAGAAUUUUUUAUGUCCCUGAAAUGGUUGCAAUUCAGAGACCCCUGCUAUGGAUUCACCCAGUGGUGACUGUUCUUGAGCUUGCCCACGACAGUCUCAGGUUAACACCUGUUAAUUCUGUGUAAUUGUUAAUUGUGCUCACUUUCACUCUUAGAUAUCCCAGUUUGAAAAUGAAUUCUAUAGUCACCCUAACAAUAUGAUUAUAUGUUUCUUGAAGGUAAUCCUCCCUUGAAUCAUAAUUUUAAAUUUUUUAUUUUGCUGUUAGUAUUACCAUGUAAAUUUUUUAAAGACAGUUCUAUGCAGAUACUGAAAGGAAUAGUAUAUCAUCCUAAUUAUCUGAUUUUUUUUUUCAAUUUUUAUGAUCUUUGAGGUUAGGCCCCCUUUAAAAUAAUUAUAAAUGGAUAGAUUUUAUUCUCAAAGGUCUCAAAAGUCAAAGAUCAUUUAGACUGCCCAUUUGAGAACACACACAACCUUUCAUUGUAAAGUGUGGUUAGUGAGCUAUGGGCCAGGAGCAGAGAUAAUUCAGUACUGUUUGUAGUUUCAUGAUCGACCAUUGAAUACCUUGGGCAAAUUAUGUAACCUUUCAGUGCCUCAAUUUCUUCAUUUGUGAAAUGAAGAUGAUACUUGCUAUUUACCUACUGAUCUACCUCACAAAACUAUUGUGAGGGUAUUCAGUUGAUGUUUGUAUGCUGGAGUUAAAAACAAAACAAAAUAAGUUGUUAGCUGUGCUAUUUUUCCUAGUGGUACUUGAAGGUGUUGGGUGGAGAAAUGAUCAGCCCAGAGAGGGGUUCAGUUUCUUAUUAUUACAGAGAAGCUUAUAAGUCCCCAAAGCAAAACAGUUUUUAGAAUAAUUUAUCAAAAGUCCUGUGAAAAUAAUAUUUUUGUAUUUUUCACCUUUGGGUUUACCCUGAAAUAUUUUCCUUAAGUAUAAUGUUGUUUCUCAUCAGGUUUUGUCGUGAAACCCAGAUGCUGUAGGAGAAGUAGAAGCAGAAAAAGAGAAGAAAUUAUGCAGUCACUUCUGUAACUUAUAAUGCCCUAAAAUAGAUUGAUAGGAAUAUGUAGGGGAAUGUACUGCUUUUCCUUUAUUAUUAAAAUUGUUAUGAUUAUAGUAAUUGAAGUAUAUGUAAUACUUCACAAACAAUAUAGCUCCCUUUGUGACUUUUUGUUACUCUCCAAAUGAUUUUUGGUUGUUUAAGUGAUCUAGACUGUUCAACUUUUUAAGCAGAAUUUAUCUUACAGGAUUUUACGGCGUUACCUGACUGGGUAAAUUUGAGUUCAUAAGGUAAUGAUUUAACCCCUGAAGAAUAAAGAGUUUAUUGCUGGAGAACUAAGUUGAUAUUUGUUAAGCCAAGGUAAAAAACUGGAGUACGAACAAAAGUCUUCUUUUGGGGGAAGCUUAUGCAAAACAUUACUGCUAAAUUCAGAUACUGUAAAUGCAGAGUAAUUUCCUGAAGAAUUACUUCUGACAAUUAGCUUUUGAUGUCUUUCUUAUAAAAUAAUAGAUAACUGAUUACACUUUUAAAAUUAUUUUUGUAAAUAAUCGUUAGGUAAGGAUAUUCAGUAAACCAGUAAUUCAAAUAGCCAUUGCAGAAAAUAAUAAUUAAUAAUUUAUUAAUUUCAUGAAUCACCUGUAAGUUGCUAAUUAACUUUUGUUACAUCAAUAACUUGUUAUCAAUAGAGCAUUUUUAUAAAAAUCAUUAUUAAAAUAAGACAUAAGGGAUAAGCCUAAUUACUAGAAUUUGCUCUCUUUCCAAAUGAAUACAGGGCUGUGGAAUAAUUGCAACACAAAAGAGGCCCUCAUUUCACAAGAGUGGUAAGAGCUAAAUUAAAACUUUCAAGGAUUUUCCAUUUAUAAAAAAUAGAUUGGAAAAUUAGACAACCCAUACCAUCAAAAAAUGCUGUGAGUUGAUUUGUUUUUGUUUUUGUUUUUGUUUUUAAUGUUUAUUUAUUUUUGAGAGAGAGAGCAUGAACAGGGGAGGGUCGGAGAAAGAGGGAGACACAGAAUCUGAAACAGGCUCCAGGCUCUGAGCUGUCAGCACAGAGCCCGACGCGGGGCUCGAACCCACGGACCGUGAGAUCAUGACCUGAGCCGAAGUCGGACACUUAACCGACUGAGCCACCCAGGCGCCCCAGUUGAUUUGGUUUUGAAUUCUAUUUGAUUAGAGUAUCACUUCUGAAAUUUACACUGGUUGUGUACCCAAAUGAAAUUAAAUGUGGAGAGGAAAGUUGAUUUGUGUUUUUUUUUUUUUUUUUUAAAGUAUACUUCAGCAUACGAAUGAAAGAAUUCCAUUUAUGUGCAAUAACAAACCUCAUUUUUUAUCUUGUAAUAGAUUCAGGGAAUGUUCUUGGUUGUGUGUUGAUUACCAUCUUAAAGGAAAAACAAACUCUCCCUUAUUAUAAUUUACACUGUUCAGUAAUGUUGAGUUUUGUACUUGUGAUUUGAAUGGACCAUGACUGAAAAUCAUAAAGAUAAGUGUAUUUGCACUAAAGAGGCAAAACAUGUCCCUGAAAGAUCUUAACAUACUUGAAUCUCUGAAGUGUAAUGGAUCACAUUACAUUAAAUUCUAAAUGUUGAGAAGUACAUAGAUUUAGAGUUUUAUCUUUCCUUUCUUUACUUCCUCCCUUCCUCAUUCCUUUUUUACCCGAGGCCUCUCUUUAUAGUGUGAUUUUUAAUGUACUGACAGAUUUUUCUUCUGUUUUGUGUACACAGUUGUUUCUGAUGAUCUGUACACUCAAAAGGAACUAGUUCUGAUGCCAGAUCCCACUACUUGAAUAGCAAUGUUGCACCUAAAGUAGUGAAACAGAUUUUUCUAGACAACUAAGCAGCAUCUGAAUGUGAAUGUGAUGUAAGCUGGCUUUGUGUGUUGUCUUUAGGUCACUAAGGAGGGCACUUCAUUAAAAUGCCUUAUUUUCAGUGUAAUGUUUUGGCAUAAAAAUGGAUUUCCAAAACCAGUGAUUGUUAAAAACAAAACAAAACCCCCAAAAAGAUUUAGAGCCUUGAGGUAUCUUUUUAUGAAAAGAAACUCAUAAAUAACCUACGUCGUUGGCAAAGUUUUCAUUAGAAGAGGUUGGAACACUACAUGAGGGUUUACAGGAGGCCUUCUAAAAUAUGAAUUCCCUCGAUGUAGGGUACUUCUUCCCAAAGGACUUUUUUCCUGCUCAGAGAGCUGGAAGACCAAGGCGUGUCAUCCGCUAUCCCAAUUCCUGAGGACCAGGUCCUGUGAUCAUCUCCCCCAGCAGAGCAGGCACGAGCCUUGCCCCAUCUGAGUCCCAUCAGUGGGAGCAUGACCUCACCUCUAAUUCCUUUCACGCUCAGCCUGGUCUUCCUAAAAUUUUAUUGUCAAAAGAUUUGUCUGUUGAGGUUGAUUGAAACCUUGCUGUAAUUUUUAAUUUGUUGAUAAAGCAAGAAUAUUGGCAUGUUCCUCUUCUCGUUGAUAUUCUAAGAGACAUUUGUUUUUAACACACUCCCUGGGGAUAAUUAACCUUUUUUUUUUUUCCUCCUGAAAAUCUUUUCCUUUUGUGGUAAUCUUGAUCUCCCAUCAUUUUCUAAAAUAUUUUUUCUGUACUUUGUGCAAAAGAGUAGAAAGAGUGGUUUACUAUGGCAGACAUAAUGUAAGGGAAAGUCAUAAUUUAUUAAUCUGACUAUACAACACAAUUUUGAAUUGAUAUUAUUGAUAAAAAUCGUAUCAACCUAGUCACUUAGAGCUGUAUGUCUCAAAAGAGUGCUGGCUAGCAUCUUCCUGACUUAGUACACCAAGUUGUAGGGGAGAGACUGUGUAUUUAUUUUAUUAAAAGCAAUCCAAUGGAUUUGUUUUUGUCCAUACUUUGAAAACAGCUUGAAGGAUUUUUCUCAUCUUAGAAGGUAGAGAACAUGUGGACGUGUCUUUGAAAUUACUGUAAUCUAAUAUAUAUUUAUAAAUUAUAUAGCACUGAAACAAGAGCUCUAAUAUUGAUGUUGUUACUUUCUGAUAUUUAAUUUUUAUAAAAUGUUUUUGUAGUAACUAAUUGUAGUGCUUUUAAGUGGUUUAAAAAUCUUUCUCAAAUAAGUUCUACUCACCUCCUGUUUACUUAGGGCAGUAUUCUGAAGUUCAGUCCAGUGUGAAUUUGAAAUAUUCCUUCAUCCCUUCAGUGUCUUUUUAUAACUAACAGUACCCAAGCAAAGUAUACCAAAAGCUCAAUUCCUGUGUUGCAUUAAUAAAGUGCUUGUUCUUUAAUUCAGUGGGUUAGGGGAAAUGAAAGAUAGGUUUUUCUCAAGUGUGCAUCUGAUAAUUUUUCUAAAUGUUCAUUACGUUGAUUUUUGGUGCAUGAUGCCAAAUUUAUCUUUAAUCAGCCAUUACUAUCUGAUAUGUAAUGACAGAUGUUUUCCUAUCUGACCAAUGGGUUGUGGAUUUAACUAUUUUUCUCUGCAUAUUCUCACUACAUUUUCAAAUAUGUAUGUGGAAAAAGCUACAAAGUGCUACCUAUACGUGAGUUAGCAUCUUUGGCCUUAUCUGUGCAUAAUGUUCUCUCAGUUUGGUUUUGACAAACUCGUGGACUUGCAGUUGCUUUGUAGUAUUUUAACUUAUUGUGAUGUAAUGAAUUUUUUGAAAUGUUUAUUUGAUUAGCUAUUAAAAUAUAGGAAAUUAUGUAGCUUUGCAUGAAAUAAAGUACAUUUCUACAAGUUCCUAA